AUGUGGCGACGGUUUUACAGUCUCAACAGGACGCUGUUGGUGAGCAAGCUGCCAUUCGACGUGACGGAGCAGCAGGUCGGCGACGUCUUCAAGGUACUGGGCGGGGUUCACGACGUGCGGCUCGUCAAGGAAAAGGGCAAGUUCAAGGGAUACGGCUACGUUGAGUUCGAGAGCGAGGAGCAGGCCCGUGCCGCCAAAGUGCAGAUGCAGGGCCGUGUGAUCAAAAACCUGCCGAUCCGACUGGAUCUGCGCAGCGAGGUGGAACAGCGUCGCAACUAUCUGGACGAGAAAAAGUACGAGAUUCUGAUGGUAAGAAACCUGCCUUAUGAGGCGACCGAGGACGAGGUGAUGAAACUGUUUGCGCCGCUGCAUGCGAUUCGAUGCGGGCUUGCCAAGGCGCCGAUCACCAACAAGUGUCUGGGAUACGGGUUUGUGCGGUUUUUGAGCCCCGAGCUGGCACUUGAGGCGAUCAAGAGGAUCAAGAAAAGUCCGUUGUUCUUGAAAGACAGACGGCUCAAGGUGGGAUUUGCGCAGAAAAAAGAGGACGGAUACAAGUACAUAGUGUAA